AUCACUCUGAAAUCAAACAAACACAGCACCUGACAGAUGCCACAGCACAUCCCGCUUCUCAAACAUGAGUUCCCCGGAUAAUCAGAUGGAGCAGCCAAAGCAAAAUGAUGAGCUGAGGAUUGUUCUGGUUGGGAAGACUGGAGUUGGGAAGAGUGCAACAGGAAACACCAUCCUGGGAGUAAACGCUUUUAUGUCUAAGGUAUCUUCUUCCUCUGUGACAUCGGCGUGUGAAAAACACAAAAGGAAGGUGGAUGGGCAAAUGGUUGCUGUCAUUGACACACCAGGCUUGUACGACACCAAAUCUACCCAAGAGGAGAUCAUUAAUGAGAUCAAAAUGUGCAUCUCUUUCUCUGCUCCUGGUCCCCAUGCGUUCCUGAUUGUGAUCCAGCUGGGUAGAUACACAGACGAGGAGAAAGGCACAGUGAACCUCCUCCAGCAGAUCUUUGGCAAAGAGGCUGAAAAGUACACCAUAGUGGUUUUCACUCGUGCAGAUGAUCUACAGGGAGAAAGUAUUGAAUCAUUCAUGAUGGCACGUGACAGCAGUGAAGAUUUAAAAACCUUGGUCUUUGAAUCAUGCCACGGGAGAUAUCAUGCCUUCAACAACAGAGACCUCAAUAAUCGCUCUCAGGUCUCUAAGCUGCUUGAGAAGAUCAACAACAUGACCAUAACGGAUGGAAGACAGCACCACUACACCAACAAAAUGUUCCAAGAGGCUGAUAGAGCGAUUGAGGAGGAGAAAGAUAGGAUUCUGAAAGAGAAUGCAGAGCAGACAAGGAGUGAAAUGGAAGCACUGGAAAGUAAAUAUGAAGGAAUCGCUCUGGAGGAAGCGAAGAAGAAGCUGAUGCAAGAAAAGGAGAGAGAAGCAAGAGAUAAAGCUGAAAGAAGAAAUAGAUUUUUUAAAACAGCUGGCUUCACUCUUGCUGGAGUGACAAUUGUUGGAGCGUCUGUUGUUGCCCUCAUGAGAGGGUCCUGCAAAAUACAAUGACAGACAAAAGUUUUAAGCUGAUGUUUUUAAAAAUAAAAACAUUUUAGGCACUGGGGCUGAGCUACAGUUCAUCCUAGGCUAUUUAGCUAAACAUUAACAUAAUAUCAUACUUUAAAUAUUGUCCUGAAAUUUUUUUUUCAACUUCAUUUAGAUUUCACAGGUAUAUCCAGAUAUGUCCAUAUUUCCCAAUAUACUUCAAUACUUAUUGUAUUUGCUAUUUUUCUCUUUCAAGUUUAAACCUUAUUUUCCUUGAUAUGCGAUCUAUAAAAAAUUUAUUUUUGGAGAGACUUCAAUGUAACCUAUUGCAUGCAGAAAUAGGUUUAGAAAAUAAAAGAUUGAUUGACAUAAUAAAAUAAAAGUUAGACAAAAAAAACUUGGUUGAAUGGAGUUUUUGGUUACAGUUUGUAAAUAAAUAACGGAAAAGUGUUGCAUGCAUAUGUAUUCACCCCGUUUGCUAUGAAGCCCCUAAAUAAGAUCUGGU